AGUGCGAGACCGUUUCUCCUGGCGGCGCUGCCCGUGAUCCUACUGCUGUUUGUGCAACAGCCAUCCAGCAGCAGCAGCAGCAGCAGCAGCAGCAGCACCCAACAGCUCCAGACGCUCCUGGCCUCGUGGCUGCCCGCAUCGCUCCACAAUGCUAUCCUGCUGAAUCGACCCCGCGUCGCCAUCUCCCAGGGCACGGUUGUGGGCACCACGUUGACGCACACCUUGAACCACCCGGUCGACGCGUUCCGUGGGAUUCCCUAUGCUCUACCGCCGGUGGGCGAUCGCCGGUUCCGUCGGGCCGUCCCUGUCAACGCUUCGGACGAGUUCAUCGAUGCCAGUCGUUAUGGGCCACGCUGUCCUGGCAAGCAAUUGCUGCAGAUCCCCGGUGACAGCGGCAGCAGCGAGGAUUGCCUCACGGCCAAUGUUUUCCGACCCCAGGGUGUGCAGGGCAAGGGCAAGCUCCCUGUUGCCGUCUACGUCCACGGGGGCGCUUAUAAUCGAGGAACAGCCUCGAUGCACAAUACAGCGUCCAUGGUGGGUUGGGCCGACGAGCCCUUUGUCGCGGUCAGCUUCAACUACAGAAUCGGUGCCCUCGGCUUCCUCCCCUCGACCACCACCGCGCACGAAGGCAUCCUUAACCUCGGACUGCACGACCAACUCCUCCUGUUCCAAUGGGUGCAAGACAACAUCGCCAGCUUCGGCGGCGACCCAUCCCAAGUCACGCUGAUCGGGCUUUCAGCCGGCGCGCACUCAAUCGCCCACCACAUCAUGAACACCGACCUGCAGCACACCUACUUCCACCGCGCGAUCAUCGAAUCCGGCGCCGCGACCUCCCGCGCCGUGCACCCCUACAACGCCGCGCUCCACGACACGCAAUUCCGCGAGUUCGUCACCGCAGCAGGCUGCGAGCCCUCCCUCUCCCUCGCCUCCCACGACAUCCUGACCUGCCUACGCACCGCGCCGUCCGCGGCCAUCACCAACGCCUCAUUCACCGUCUUCGACCACUAUAACCCGUCAGUGCGGUGGGCGUUCCAACCAGUCAUCGACCACGACCUCAUCAAGCACCGACCCAUCGACGCCUGGCGCGCCGGCACCUGGAACAAGAACCUCCCGCUCCUAACGGGCUUCAACACCAACGAGGGCACGUACUACGUCCCCGCCGCCAUGGCCACAUCGGACGAAUUCACCGCGUUCUUCCACGCCCUACUCCCCGCCUUUUCGGAGGACGACCUCCGGACCAUCGACGCGCUCUACCCGGACCCAGCCGUCGACGCGACGUCCCCGUACGUCGAGACGCGGAAUCUCAGCGUCGGGGACCAGUACAAGCGCGUCGAGGCCGCCUACGGCCACUACGCGUAUGCCUGUCCCGUGCGCCAGACGGCGCGGUUUGCGUCCGCCGGGCAGCGGGCGCCCGUGUUCCUGUACCGGUGGGCCUUGAAUAAGACGGUGCAAGGCGGGGCGAACCAUGGGGACCAGAUGGCGUAUGAGACGUUUGAUCCGGAGGUGAGGGCGGUUUCGGCGGCGCAGGAGGAGAUGGCGGGGACGUUUCAUGCGUAUAUUACUUCGUUUAUUGUGAGGGGCGAUCCGAAUGCGGUGCAGGGCAGGUUUGCGCGCAGACCGCGCUGGGAGCCGUUUGAUGGAUCCCAGAAAGCUGGGAGGAGGAUUAUGGUGCUCGGGGAAGGGAAUGAUGAGCGCGCUGGGGGUAGGGGUGUCGGGGUGACGGCGCAGAUGGUUGAUGAUGAAUGGAGUGGGAAGGAGUGUGAGUUCUGGUGGACGAAGAGUGGUGUUUCUGACUGA